AUGCAAGUCGGACACCGAGAUGCUGUCCGCAUUCGGUGGCUACGUCCCCUCGCUCGAGUGACGUCUUCGUCUUCGUACUUUACGCCGACGUCUUCGUACUUUACCAGGUCGUGUACCCACGCUGUGAUUCGCGGAUCAACGUCCAAUCACAUUCGACAACGAAAGCGGUGGCAGCCAGCGCUUCGUGCAGCCACGACCGACCCAGUCGCUCAAUUUGGAGAAAAGAACGGAGCAAUCAUGACUGUAAAGCGCCGUAACCAUGGACGGAACAAGAAGGGCCGCGGCCACGUGAAGCGCGUGCACUGCGUGUCCACGGCCAAGCUCAUUCCCAAGGACAAGGCGAUCAAGCGUUUUGUUGUGCGCAACAUUGUGGACCAGUCGGCCAUUCGUGACCUGAAGGAAGCGUCCGUGUACGAAUCGUAUGCAUUGCCCAAGAUUUACAUCAAGAACUACUACUGCGUGGAAGCUGCAAUCCACCAGCGUAUUGUGCGUGGUCGUUCCGUCGAGGCUCGUAAGAGCCGUGCCCCGCCUCCGCGUCGCUUUGCACCGAAACGCGUAUAG